AUGGCAAAAAAAAAAAAACAAAUACAUUUGAAUAUAAUUGAUUUUCAAAAAUAUUAUCAAACUGAUGAUUUAUUAUUAGAUACCUCCAUAUCCACAGAAAAAAAAACAGUAGAUAGUCAAAAAUUUAUAAGAAAAAACAGAACGUUAGAAAAGGAUGAAGUGGUUCAAAAUAUAGACUGGAGAACAUUUGAUAAUGAAAAAGAAAAAGAAAAAGAAACAAAUAAUGAGAAUACUUCAAAUGUAAAUAAAAUAAAAAGUCCGGGACAAGAAAAAAAAAAUUUUAAAAAAAAUAAUGAUGUUAUAACAUUAGGAGCACGUAAUAAAAAUAAAUCAACCAAUUUAAAUGCUGAUGAUUUAGAUUUUACAAACUUGAGAAACAAAAAGAAAGAAAAUGAAGAUGUUGAUUUCGCAAAUUUAAGAAAUAAAAAAAAAGAAGAUGAUAUGGACUUUUCAAAUUUAAGAAAUAAAAAAAAAGAAGAUGAAGAUGUUGAUUUUUCAAGUGUAAGAAAUAAAAAGAAAGAAGAUGAUUUAGAUUUCUCAAAUGUAAGAAAUAAAAAGAAAGAAGAUGAAGAUGUUGAGUUCUCAAAUUUAAGAAAUAAAAAGAAAGAAGAUGAUUUAGAUUUUUCAAAUGUAAGAAAUAAAAAAAAAGAAGACGAUAUGGACUUUUCUGAUAUAAGAAAUAAAAAGAAAGAAGAUGAUUUAGACUUUUCAAAUUUAAGAAAUAAAAAGAAAGAGGAUGAUAUGGACUUUUCUAAUUUAAGAAAUAAAAAGAAAGAGGAUGAUUUAGACUUUUCAAAUUUGAGAAAUAAAAAUAAAGAAGAAUCCAAGGGAAAUGAUACAAAUAAAAGUGAGAAACCACUUUAUCUAAGAAGAUUAGAAGAAUAUAGAAAAAAAAAGAAACUUGAGAGUAAAGCAAAUGAGGCAGAAAUGAAAGUGAACGAAAAGGAACAAACAGAUAAUAAAAGUGAGAAACCACUUUAUCUAAGAAGAUUAGAAGAAUAUAGAAAAAAAAAGAAACUUGAGAGUAAAGCAAAUGAGGCAGAAAUGAAAGUGAACGAAAAGGAACAAACAGAUGAUAUUCAAGAAAGAAAAGAAGAAAUAAAUAAAGAGAUAAAAGAAGAUGUGAAAGAAGAUAUAAAAGAAGAAGUAAAAGAAGAAGUAAAAGAAGAAGUAAAAGAAGAAGUAAAAGAAGAAGUAAAAGAAGAAGUAAAAGAAGAGGUAAAAGAAGAAAUAAAAGAAGAAAUAAAAGAAGAAAUAAAAGAAGAAGUAAAAGAAGAAAUAAAAGAAGAAAUAAAAGAAGAAAUAAAAGAAGAAAUAAAAGACGAAGUAAAUGAAGUUAAAGAAGAAUUAAAAAAUGAAAUACCAAGUGAAACAACGAAAGAAGAAAUAAAUAAAGAACAGAAAAAGGAAGAAACCGAAAAAAAGAAAUUUAUUCCUAAAAGAGUUAUUAUGUAUCAACAAGAAUUAAAAGAAAAAGAAGAAAGAAAUUUGAAAUUAUUAGAAGAACAAAGAAAAGAGAGAGAACUGAGAUUACAACAAAUUAGAAGUAAAAUCCAAGGUACUUCAUCAACUUUUAUUCCAUCUGCAAAAUUAAAGCAUUUGGAAUCUUUAAAAGAGGAAAAGAAAAAAGAUGUAAAAACAAAUAUACCUCCUAAAGAUAAUAAUAAUAAUAAUAAUAUUACUGCUUUAAAAAAUAAUAAAAAUGAAGAACAAAAUGUUAUUAAAAAAAAAAGUAUAUUCUUAGAAAUAGCUGAAAAAACAGAAAAUGCAAAAAUUGUUGAAAAAACAGAUAUUGAAGAAAUAGCAAAAAAAAAGAGAGAAGAACUUUACAAAAAACAAUUAGAAAAAAUUACAAAAAAAAAUGAAGAACAUAUAAAAUAUAAUAAUAUUUAUAAACAUGAUGUAAAUAUAAUAAAGAAUUUUUAUAAUGAAAUAAAAGAUAAAAUAAUUCAAAAUUAUUAUUUUAAUCAAGACGAUUGUAUUUCCUUAUGUUCAAUCUUAAAAACGGAUGACUGUAACUAUAUGGAGAGUCACGUACCUUUUUAUGUGGCUAUAUCCAUUUUUAUGUUAAGUCUCCCACAGAAACUUCAAAUUGACGAUUAUUUCAAGAGAGCUAGCAAUAUCAAAAACCUUCUCAUUUAUUUAAAAGAA